AUGCUAGCUUAGCUACUGUAUUUAUUUUAUUUUAAAUUCUAUUAAAAAAAAAUCAACAAGUACAAGAGCAUAGAGAAGAAAGAAAACUUCCAACUUCACUGCCGUUUCUCCUUCGAUUCUUAUUCUUCUUCUUCUUCUUCUUUUUCACAGAAAAAUGGAGUUUGCAGUAGCAAAAGCUUUGAAACCGAGUUUAAGAAGCGAGUUUGUUUUUCAACAAACUCUCGGCGAGGAACUUUUUAGCUUCACUGCCAACACGGUGGUUGCCGGUGAAGAUUUCUCCGUUGACGACCUCCUUGACUUCUCUCACGGCGGUGAUAUUCUUCACCACGACGGAGAUGAACAAGAGAAAGAGAGUAGUUUAUCUCCUUCUUCUCAAUCACUCUCAGAAGAUAACAACUCAAAUUCCACCGGCGCUUCCUUUGAUUCUUCCAUUUUCUCAACCGAAUUACUCGUUCCCGAUGAUGACGUGGCAGGCCUGGAAUGGGUUUCACAUUUCGUAGAUGAUUCUCUCCCAGAACUAUCUCUUCUCUACCCGGUUCAAAUUCAAACCAACGCGUGUCCUAAACAACAUGAAACUCAGCAUGGAAAAACUUUACGUUUUUCAACUGAAAAAAUGAAAAUUACCACCAAGACCAGAACCGUGAAGAAUAGAAAACCCAACCCUCGCGUUUGGGCUCAGCGCCCGUUUUUUCCGUCGCCGUCUGUUGUUUUUGGUGCACCACCAGCGAAGAAACAGAAGAAAAAGCCCGAGGCUCAAGUUGUUGGGCAUGAGGCCCAAGAAGAGGGCCAGUUACAACGACGGUGUAGUCAUUGCCAGGUGCAGAAGACGCCGCAGUGGAGAACCGGUCCGAUGGGUGCUAAAACCCUUUGUAACGCGUGUGGGGUUCGAUAUAAAUCCGGUCGGCUUUUUUCGGAGUAUAGACCGGCUUGUAGCCCAACUUUCAGCAGUGAAAUUCAUUCCAAUAGCCACCGUAAAGUGUUGGAGAUGAGGAAGAGGAAAGGAAUGGUUGGACCGGAACCCGGUUUACCGACUCAGACCCAAAUGGUUACCACUUGCUGAGUCAUUAUUAUUAGAUUAGGAGAUACUCCACCAACCCGGUUUGAACCGGGUCACUUUUUUGUAAAAUAUUUAGUGGUUGUAGUUGUAGUGCUAGUCGUCAGCAGCAGCAGCAGGUAACGGAUAUUAUUAGGAAGGAUUUUAUUGUUUGUAUCCAAUUUUCCUACCUUUCUUCCUUUUAAUUAAUUAAUCUAAUACUGUUAGAUAUACCUCUUAUGUAGAAUUGUGAUUUUUGACUUAAUUCUAAUUAUUUUCCAA